AUGGGUGGGCAAUCUUCGGGUACGCACAAAGUUGACGCUUAUUGCAAUCGACUGGCCAUGUCAAGUCCGGAUACGCCGCAUCAUCACACUGAUCGAGCGCAAUCACCUCAGCAUCCCAAGGCAUUGGAAUACGAUUUGUUGGCUCAAAUUCUUCAUGAUUCACUCAAUCUCACUAAUUCCGAUCUGUUGGGGAAGCGAAGCUGUAAUCUUUGGUCCUUUCUGGGAAAUGCUCCGUUGUCAUGUUUAAACAAUGCCCGUUAUGGAAUCGCAUGGGGCGCAUUGGGUGCUGCUGAGUUCUGUUUCGAAACGGCUCGUCAAUACACACUGAACAGGUAUCAGUUCGGUCGUCCUUUGGCGGCUAACCAACUGAUUCAAAAGAAGCUAACCGACAUGAUGGCAGAGAUCGCUUUAGGGUUUCAGGCUUGCGUUCAGGUUGGUCGGCUCUACGAUCAGAACGAAGCUAACGCAGAAAUGAUCAGUUUGAUCAAACGAAACUCCUGCCUCAAAGCUCUGAAUGCUGCUCGAGUCGCCCGGGAUAUGCUAGGAGCAAAUGGAAUGCGAGCGGAUUGUCACAAAUCUGUAACUUCGGAUAUUCCAUAUUGUGGUGUAAACCUUUCGGCACUUCAUCGACGAGGACCAGAUAUCGUCUCUCACCAGUCUAUUGAUGUUCCUGGUUUGAGGACUCCUUGGAUUGGCAUCGGUUGUGUGCUAUCCCUCCGAGGCCAUCUUAGUUUGGCUAGUCAGCCAAUUUCCGUAGAUUCCGAUCGAGCACAAUCUUGCUUACUUUGGAACGGGGAAGUGUUUCAUUGCUCGUCUGAUGAACAGAAUCUCGCAUUUCUAGAUCCUGCAAACAAUGACGGUCGAUUGUUAUUGUCUUGGCUCUCGCAAGGUUUGACGGCGGAGAAUGUGUACAAAAAAUUGGUCACCUUACAAGGUCCGUUCGCUUUCAUUCUCGUUGACAAUACUGGACAAGUAUACUUUGGUCGCGACCGUCUGGGACGUCGAUCAUUAGUCGGGAGAUUUGAUGAUGAGGUGCCUCGAUCUAAAAGCGAUUCACUUCUUUUGGACUGCAUCUCCAGUGUAGUUUUGCCCACGCUCUCCGAAUAUCAGAAGGAACAAACAUGGAUUGAGAUCCCUGCUGUUGGGCUUUUUGCCGGUCGAACCGUCAUGAAUAUCUACGGAAAGCCUGUUAUUGAUCGACUUCAAUUAUAUCCGUGGUCACCAGAGCACUUAACUUCAUUGGAAGCGUGCACCAAAUUUCAUCCGGAUCAAGUUAUCUCGAUCGAACCAUGCGCGUCACAAGGAGAACCGGUUUCCGCAAUGUUGGAUUUAAGUCCCACAGAAGCUCAACGGGGUCUAAUUGCCGAGCUUGAGUCCGCUGUAUCAAGACGCGUUCUUCUCGCUCCACCUGUUUGUCGGGAUUGUACUGCAAAAUUUGAACAAUCUCUUUGUGUUCAUGCUCGGUUUGGAAUUCUAUUCUCCGGCGGUCUCGACUCUACCGUGCUGGCUGUCUUACUUGAUCGGUAUCUGUUCCUAUUGUUCCCGUUACCCUUAUUUCCAGCUUUAUAG